AUGACGGAUUCCUAUUUCAAUCCCAAUGGACCGCAAAAUAAAGGCGCUCCACAACCCUUGAGUCCUGCUGAAAUACCGGGAACCCCUCCAGAAGUACCGCACAGGCCAAAAGAAGAAGAAUGGAAACCAUAUAUCAACGAAAAGGCUCCGCUGAGGAGUGAUGACAAUGUGGAUCUGCGGUCAGAGCCAUCUGCAGAAUUAUGUGUGCCUAAAAACUAUGGCAAUAAUGAUUUUCAUUGUUUGCCAAAUACUUGCUGUUGUUAUUCUAAUUACGGCUUUACAUAUGAACAAUACUCUCGACUACAUUGA